GCCGAACGUGUCCCGCUCAGCCUCAAUCAAGCACCCUCUUCACUCUUCGCUCUUCCCUCGUCUUUCUUUCUUCUCUCUCUUCUUCAACCAUUCUCUCUCCUCCCCUCCCAUCCCUCCUCUUGCGGAGGCCACCGCUUCUCCUCUGCUCAAAGGACCCUGUGUCUACCCGUGGGAGACCUCGCGGGAUGGGAUUGGAGUUGAUGUCGUAGUCGAGAGUGUGUAUGUAUCGCUCUCUGUCCUUCGUUGAUCAACAACAAAAUACACCUACAUCUGGGUCGAGCAUAUACCGAGCCAGAAACGAACCGACCGGUUUAUGUUUUGGUGAUAUCUAAGAACACCCUCACACGCAUUAGCCGGUCACUGUUCAAAGCAACAGUCGCACAACGGCUAAAGACCAACAUGCCAGAGCUCUGUGGCUGUCUCGGGUCAUCUCAAUCAAACGUCACGACGCAAGUCGCUGCAGACCCUGAAGCAGGAUUUGCUCGCAGAGUCGACGGCCAGGUCCAGCCCCCUCGGUAUGACGCGGUUGACUCCGGCUAUACUCCCGUCGUGCCUCUGCCGCGCUACACACCGCGGCCACUAAGUAUCCAUGAGAAGACUCUGGAAAACAACUUUCAAAACCAGAAUGGCCACAAUCAACCUGGACGUGGUUCCUUCGGUGCCCUAGAUGAGAAGAACAGACAAGACUUUGAAGAUGCUCCCGUCCAAUCGCACAGCACAGGUAGUAGCAGUGCAACAGUCACUGCCACAAUGGACGACGCAUCGUCUGCAUAUUCAUUCCCCAGCAGCUUCGGGCAUACAUCAACGGAGACGAGAGACACACUACCGCCGCCGUAUUCUUCGUGUGGAUCUUCCAUGUUCUCCAGAUCACGGGCAUCUUCGCUGCGAAGUCAUUAUCGAAAUAGCAUUUCAUCCAAUCGUCCACUGCCAAGUGAGCAAGCCCAGCAAACAGCAGCAGAUAUUGCGGCAGCGGCAAUCAUGCCUCCACCGAUGGCACAUGUGAAUCAUGCACCACCGAUGUUUGCACCGCCAGCAAUUCAUAUGCAUGGCCAUCAACGGCACAACAGCACCUAUCAGCCUCAACCUAGACAGUCUCACGACGGUCGCUGAGAGUGGCAAUCGAUAGCGAGCUUCUAAAAAUAAGAAUUAGACUCGGGAGUCGAAUAAACAUGGCUUGACAUUUGAAAUCAUAUCAUAAUUUCUUGGCUAGCUAAGACAGCUACUGAAUUCUUUUUCUAUUGUUCUAUGUUUCCUUAUCAUACCGAACAUUUACUCUAUAUUCUACAUGGUGACUUGAUUAGGCGUUCACUGGUGUUCAUCGGCAAGGAAUGGGUGGUGGAACUUAAUGGCGGGUUGUCUAUAUGCUGGUCUUUUGCACACGCAAUACAUACAUACGCGAAGGCACAUUUUAAUUUUUGUAGCCACUAUACAUAUCAUUUAUCUACUUGAAUUUUCAUCGAAGCCCUAGGUUCAAGAAAGCCAUCAUUGAGAGUAGCUUAGGGUGCCCCCUGCCAUUAUGACUCUACAGGUUCAAACAGUAAACAAAGAAAGCCCUUUACUCU